AUGAACGUUCAGUCAGGCAAAGUCCGUGGUCUGGCCGUGCCUCCCGAUGCGGACACAGAGGCCCUUUGGCAGUCUCUGCUGGAGCGUAUCAGCAGCAAAGUCAUGUCCGUGAUUACUCCUGACCGCUCAGCAAAUCCUUUUCACAUGUCUGGAGAUGCGGAUUUCUUCUUGCUCAGAGAACAGGAGCGGAAUAAGUCUCAAGCAGAGCGGAAGCAGAAGACGACCCUGCAGGUGCACCAAAAGAUGACGUACUCGUCCAAAGUGUCGGCCAAGCACAGCAGCCUGCGUCGGGAGCUGCAGCUGGAGGACGAGAUGCAAGACCAGGAGAUGCGCGCGGAGGCGGAGCGGCUGCGCGCCUUCCACGACAACACGGCGUGGAAGCUCCACAUGACCAAAGAAAGGAAGAUGGAAUCUGAUAACAUGGACAACUACCUUAAUCAGAAGCGGCAGAUGUUCCUUAUCCAGCACGCCCUGCACAGGAAGCGGAGCGAGAUCCAGCGGCUGGAGAUGCUGGCGGCCAAGGAGGAGGCGCAGUUGGAGCAGGCUGAGAAGUCCCUGGAGAAGGACGCAGCCUUGUUCGACGAGUUUCUCCGGGAGAAUGACCGCAGCUCCGUUCAGGCCCUGAGAGCGGCUGAGAAGGAGACCAAAGCAAAGGUGGAGAAGAUCCUUGAGAUACGCGACCUGACCACCCAGAUCAUGAACAUCAAAAGUGAAAUCUCCAAAUUUGAAGACACGCUGCAACAUUACAAGAUCUACAAGGACUUCCUAUACAAGCUGUCGCCCAAGGAGUGGCUGGAAGGAAAGGAGAAGAAGCACCUGGAUCUCCAAAAGACAAAGGAGGGCACCGAGCCCCCGAAAGAGAACAUUUUAUUCUCCACAAUAGGGGACAAAGGACCAGGGAACAAGGGCAAAACAAGCUCCAGAGAUGGGCAAGGCCCAAAGAAACCCUGGAAGUUCCCGCAGGUGGCCCGGCCAGGGCGGCUCCUAUCCAGCACCAUGAGCCUCCAGCAUAGCAGCCAACCCAGCAUGAGUAGUGGGCUAGACCCCAAAGGGUCAAGCUCUAUCUCCACUAUGUAUGAGGAUCCAGACAGCGAUGGGGAGGAGCUGGAGCUGUACUUCACAGAGCCCCAGCAGCUCCUGGACGUCUUCAUGAAGCUAGAGGAGCAGAACCUCUCACUCAUCCAGAACACACAGGAGAUGGAGGAGGCCCUGGAUGAUCUGAACUUCACCCUGAAAAACACCCAGAUUCACAUGGACAGGGAGGUCAACCAGCUGAAGCAGUGGGUCACCACACUGAUGAUGUCCAUCACCAAGGAGGAGGAGAUGGCCGCUGAGCUGGAGCUCAAAGCCCGAGUCUUCCACUUCGGCGAGUACAAGGGUGCUCAGGAGGACAAGCUGCUGGAAAGCCUGAACCGCAAGGUGCUGGAUGUGUACCAGCACUGCAUCGGGACCCAGCAGGAGUCCAACCUGGGCACUGUGCAGAUGCUGACCAUCAUCGAGCACCACCUGGAUGAGCUGCUUGAGAACCUGGAGCAUGUACCCCCGAUCAAGAUCGAGAAGGCCGAGAAGGCCAAGGAGAAGGAACGUCGCAUGAGACUCAGGGAAGAGAAGGUCAUGAUGCAGAAGCGGCUGCAGGAGGAGCGUCUGCAGCGGGCCCAAGCCCGGGCCCAGGCUGAGAUCAAGAAGAAGAGGGGCAGGAGACUGCUGAGUCGCUCCCGGCCCCCAGCUCUCAAAGCGAAGGAGGAGCCUGAGCACGUGGUGAUGGGUAAGGACAAGGAGGAGGAGCUGCUGUUCUUCACCUAG